GCCACUUGCGACGACAAGGCUGCGGCUCAAGUCUCAUGGUAGAGGACUGUCUAGGCAGCUUUCGCAGUUGUCGGGACUGAAAAAGCGGUUGGUCAGCGGUUUGUCAACAUGAGAUGACCGGCUGAGAGCUCCUGGCAUGAGUGUCUGACGACCCCACGGCUUUGCAUCUGCAGCUUCCCGUGCGACAAAUGCAAACAUUCAGCUGUGACGUCACGGUAGGACGGGCAAUGGGGAGGAGCAAAGUGGAUGAGAGGCCGCCGUCCCCGUUAACCCCUUUCCCUGUCGGAGCUGGAUGCCGGGCAACAUGAGUAGGUGUCGCAACUGAGAUUCCGUGAUUUCCAGACGAAGACGACAUGGUGACAUGAUGGCUAGCCGCGCGGGAGAAAUGACCAAACAUUUCCAGUAACUCGCGUAAUCCAUGUUUGGGAAUGUCUGGAUACCUAGAGAUGAGGUCGUGUCCAGGCCGCAGCGGGCUCCCUGUUGGGCACCUUGAGGGUUGAGCCGGAACUCGGAACUCCACAAAACGUCCAGAACCCACAGAAUCCACAGAACUGCAUCACCUCCCGCCAACUCCCGCCCAGCCCGCAGCCCAGACGACGUAGCGUAACCCUCGCGCCGGCGCCAUUGGAUAUCUGAAGCUCAACUGCGUUUCUUCCAACAGCCAUGGCGCCACUCUGCUUGCGUGGUCUCUCGCCUGCGUCUCUUCAGUGCCCUCUUGGCCACCCCCCUCUUAUGCGGCCCAAGAGAUGGAUAUCUUAGACAAGCGCUUGCCGUCUCUCCAGACAAUGAAACUAUGAACCCCUCCGCCAAGCAAUUUGUUGUCUGCUCCACAAUGUCAUCUCGCCCCUCCUCCGCCCAUCCCCCCCUUUACCCCCUCGCCAAGGGCAUCGAUUCAUCGCGUGAUUUCCAUUUCUCUCCAAACAACACCCGCCUGCAAUAAUGGAAGGUGGAGGUUAACCAGCUGAGGCCUCCGCAGCGAGCAAGAACAAGACACGGGUCUCGUUCGGAUAUGCGGCACAUACCGCUGAAUGGAGCCCCGGUGGGGAUGACCUCCGCCCUCUCUUGGGUCAGGUAGGGUAGCUAGGAAACAAGCAUAAAUACCUUCCCGCUCUUGCCACUCUUCCAGAACUUCCAUCUCAACAUCUCCAACCUCCAAACCAACUCACCAAAUCAACACUCUUCACCAACAUAACAAGCACACAUCAGACACCAUGUCUUUCCAUCUCUCUGCCCAGGACAUCCGCGUCGAUGACGGCCACAUCCUCCGUGCCCGUCUCGACAACGGCGAGGGCGAGUGGGUUGACGCUGAGCUCGACCUCAACACCGUCCUUGGCAACAACGACGGCCUCUUUGAGUGGGAGGGUGGUGACUUCGCCGCCAGCGCCCAGGGUAUCACCUUCCAGCUGGAGGGUGACGAGAACGUUCCCAUUCUCCGUGCCGGUCUCACCAACAUGAAUGGCGAUGUCAACUGGCAUGACGUCAACCUUGCCGAGCGCAUCACCAACAACGGCGGCCAGUUCGAGCUCCAGUAAGCGCGAGAGCCGUGUGAAAGAUGGACUUCCACUAGGAUGGUGCAGGGACAUGGGAUACAUGAUGGACUCAUGGAGAACCGAGAUCUUGAGUAGUGUUAGCCACGCGCAAUCAAACAAGUAAAAUUCCAAACUUGGGGUGAUCCUUUGUUGUGUUGUUUGGUACUGGGUUUGAUUG